AUGUUGUUGAAUCGCCUCACAGUAUUCACGGUGCUGGAUGUUAUAGGGGGAUCCCCUCUGGUUUCAUUAGCAUCAUCCUCUGUGAAGAAGCUCUCUCUGUGGGCAGGAAAAACAGAGUCAGAGGAAUCAUCCCUCCCAGUCAUUCCAGAAGAGCCACCUUACUUUGAGGUAGAGUCCAGUGCCAGAAGUGCAGAGCAAAGCACACCCAAUGUCCAGCCUGAGGGCCAGGCAGCUGGAAAAUCACAGAAAAGUGGAGAACAAGAGGCAAGUAGCCCUUGCAAAUCUUCUGUGAAGGAGCCACCGCAAUCCAACUCCAACAGCACAUGUGAACCAGUGAGCAGCGGGGAAGACACCCCUGAAUCCGACGCCCAAAGCCUUGCAUCUGUGGAUGCGGGAGGUCCCAUUGCCAACCAGGAGCCAGUGUUUGCAAACAGUCUGCAGGACUCGGCUUGCCUCUUGGCCAAGGCUCAAGCCUCCUUAGAAAACCUGGAGAAGCGUUUUGCCUCUGGCAUCCAUAUGUUAGAGUCCUUUGUCACCCAGCAAGAAGGGAUGCCAAGCCGGAGCAGCCACAGUGACGGAGCCCUGCAGAAGUGGGAAAAAUGCAAGGAACACACCCAAAACCGCUCUCUUCAGACCCUCAUUGAUUUAUCAAGCAAAGCCAGGAAAAAAGGCCAGUGGAAUCCUGUCUCCAGUGAGGUUUGCCGAAGAUGGGAGAAUAUAAUGGAAAGGCCUUUUUGUUGCAUGCAAACGUUUGACCUCCUUCAGGAGAUCAUCCAAGAACUUCAGGGAACUGGAGAUUCCCCAGCUGUCGGCCAAAGACAGCAAGGAAGGAGUGGAAAAGGAAAACGUACAGUCCCGGGACAGAAGAAUGCAGCUCCCGUCUCCACUGUGAGUCAGGGGAAGGUUGUGAAUGUGAAAGACUCGUGAAGUAUCAUCUCCAUACCUGUUUUACUUGGGGAUUGGACUGAAACCUGCCAUUGCUCCCGUUUUGAAAUAAAAGUAAUCUGCUCCUUCAUUCAAGUAGCAGCCAGGAAGCACUUUGACAAUCCAGCAUCUUCAAUUCACAAGCCUGUGGUGUUUAAAAUUGUUGUCUAUGACUCCCUCUGCUCUACCUUGAAAGGCCUGCUUGUAACUUUUGGCUCUAUGUAUAAGAUAUAUAUGUAACAUAAAUUAAUUUUGUGUUUAGA